AAAUUACUCCCGCAACAAAUGCAUGGACACGUGCAUUCGAGGUCACAUCACGUGCCCCUCUCCCUAAUCUAAUCCAUUUCGACGAUUCUGAUAUCUGAAUCGGAUUCUCUAUAACCAGUGACAGCUUAAUAACUGACUAGACGACGAAGAAGAAGACAACUAGAGAAAUAUGGCAGAGAAGUCUAAUGGCGGCGGCGUCUAUGUAGAGAUCAACAGCAACAAACGUGAAUGUGGUGAUGACACCCUCUGCACCGUUCUCCGCCGUCUGAUCUCUUUGAUCUUCCUUCCUGACGCCGAUUCUGCUACUCCGCUGCUGCAACGGAUCAAAGCUUCCCUGGCUGAGAACGCUCCACUGCUUCCCGAAGCUUCGAGCAACACCGCCAGACAUGUUCUUCUCUGGACUCGGAGGGGUAGCCCUCUCCGUGCUCUUCUCGUUAUAUCAGUGGGGACAAUCACUCUACUUGCCUUGACUGGAUUGCUCCUCUUUAUGGUUUUCUUUCUGGUUGCAACUUUCAAUGCCAUUGUUAUCUCUCUUCUCAUAUCGUUGGCAGCUGCAGGAGGAUUUCUGGCUCUUUUCCUUGCUGGUGUGACUGCUAUAUACAUUGGGGCAUUGUCCAUUGCUGCUUUUGUGAUUUCUGCAACAGCAAUUUCUACAAUUAUAGCAAUUCUGAUAGCUACAGGUUGGAUUGGAUUUUUUUGUACUGUGUGGUUGGCAACAAAGAAGAGCCUUGGAGUGGCCAAGCACUCACUGAGCGUGACUAGUUCUGCACUUUCGGCUUACUCAUCUGCCAGGCAUGCUCGCAACCUCCCUGUGGAAGACAAGGCUUCAGAUUAAAGGGUUAGCACCAUCGAAAUUCCAUGUUUGUUGCUUGAUUUGACAAUAUCUGCCGCUUGAUUUUUGUUGGAUUUCAUGGAAGCUGUUAGAUAUAUGCUUGUAUGUGGGUUGGAAACCUAUGAAUACGUGUAGUAAUAGUUGCCAAUAUCACCUAUAUUCUGGCAUCAUAUUUACUCGCGUACCUUGUACAGUUUUGCUAG